AUGACUCAGCAGCAAGAACAAGAUCAACAACGGUGGGGAAGGCGAAAAAAUGUCGAUUCUCCAAACGCCUCUGCACAUCACAGGCAGUGAUUUCCUUUGCCCAAAUACCAAUUUUCUUGGUUUUUCAAAGCCCAGCUGCAGCUGCAGCGUUCGAUACCGGCCACUCCUCGUCACUCUCUCAUACAAACCCAAGAGCAAAUUUGUUGAUGAUGCCAAGAAGAGAGAGCUUCUUGAGCAGUAUGGUCUUAAUCCUGACGAGUUCUUAUCCGAUGCCUCUCCAAAGGUAAAGAGGAGAAAAGAACAGGGGAAUACAGGAAUGAAAAACCAUACACCUUUGGAGGAGUCUAAGCCUCCUCGGGAGACCCACAAGUUGCUCCAGGUCCUGGGAGGAACAGCUCGGAGGAAAAAGUUACUCUCCCCAAAAGGUAUGGAUGUGCGGCCUAUGAUGGAAGUUGUAAAGGGAGCAGCUUUUGCCAUUUUGCAGGCAGCUGGUGGCUGUCCACAGUCUCUAAGACCAGGGCGCUGGUUAGACUUGUAUAGUGGUACAGGAUCUGUCGGCAUUGAAGCUAUCAGUAGAGGAUGCUCUGAGGUCCAUUUUGUGGAGAUGGAUCCUUGGGUGGUUUCAGACGUGUUACGCCCAAACUUGGUAUCGACCAAAUUUCUUGAUGCUUCAGUGAUCCACACUGUCCGUGUUGAAACCUUCUUGAAAAAUGCGAAGUCUUUUGUAGGUAAUGAUGGAGUGUUCGACUACAUAAGUGUCACUCCUCCAUAUAUGCUGGUAGACUAUGCUGAACUGAUGGAUCAGAUUUCCAGUUCAUCAGUUGUUGGGGAGAAUACCUUUAUAGUAGUUGAGUAUCCACUGAGGACUGAAAUGCCGGAUGUGUAUGCAUCCCUUGUGAAGGUAGCUGAUCGGCGAUUUGGCAGGACACAUCUGGCAAUAUACGGUCCAAAGUGGGCGGUAAAGAAGAGGGAUUUGUAGUGUGUAGACAAGAGAAAUGGUUUCCAUUCUAAACACAGUGGUCAGAAAUCAGUUCCUAAUGAUUGCAAUUAUGCAAUUAUGUAAUACUAUGUUAGUUACUUAGUUCUGCUCGGUGUCUUUGCAAUUUGGGUUGAACUCACUCUAGCUGUAUAUUUUUUCAGAUACGAAGAGUGUCCCAAUUUGGUCGGUA